AUGGCGGAAUGUCAGCAGUUUUUGGCUGCGGUGGCUCGCUACCUGGUUGCCAUGAAAGAGAACAGUGGAUAUGAAAAGAUGAGGGAGGACCAGUUCCACAACUGUCGCCUUAAGAUGCAGUCGUGGCCGCGAGUGAACAUGGAGCAGGCAUCAUCGAUUGCAGAAGCAUUGAGACACAUGGAUUGGACACCUGAGCAGCUUCAUGACCUACAGCAGGAAGUGAAUUCCAAAACCAGUGUGGCUUCCGAGAUGGCUCCGAACACUGUCUCCAGAAGACCGCUGCAGGAUUACCAGGCCUUUCUGAACUACCUGCCGAUGUCCUUGUGGCUGCAGAUCGUGGGCGAUAAGCCUUUGGAAGGCUUAGCGCUAUUGACUCGCAGCUCCCUGAAUGCUACAGCAGAGAAGCUUUCGCGAGCGAAGGACCUUGCCAGUGCCAGUUGGAUGUGUCAAAGUUGGCCUUCAUCCAAAGCUUGGUCCGAGAGAAUGCCCAAGGAUCUGACUCUGAGAAGCUUUGGUAAUCCAGCCGCGGAUGUCAUGAAUCUGACAGCUCUGACACGAAGCCGCUUCAACGAUAGUGGCAGUGGCCUGAGGAAUCUGCAACUGUUUCCGCCCCGCCAGAGGGGUUUGUCGUUGACACAGGGCUCGGCUUCACAUGCUUUGGCCGCAAGUGGAGACCUCUUGCCGGUGGAAUCCGGCCCCAACUUGCAGCUGGCCCUGCCAAGCUCUGCCGCAGCAAGCUCAGCCACAGCUCCAUCAAUGAAUCGGGAAGCACCCGUGCCUGAGAAAGAUGUCACAACAGCUGUGGCAUCAAAUGUGGAGCCAGACUUGAGCAAGAAAGAUCUCAGAGAGGAUGUGGGACCAAGUCUUGAGAAGACUGCUCCUGCGGAUCCCCAAGACCAUGUUGAAGAAAAGCCAAACGACCAGAAUGAGAAGAGCCAGUUUGAACGAGUCACCGAAGAGCUUCGGCAAAAGCUUGAUGACAAGGCUGCAGUGAAGCAACGGCCUGCUGCUGCCAUGAAAAGGCCUGUAUGCAAAGACCCUCCACAGUCACAGCAGACAGCUCCAUCCAAGAAUGUCAAGAAGAAGGCGCCAGAGCCAAAGAAGAAAGCCGCUACAAAAGCAAAACCAAUGAAGAAGCCAAGCUCGAGUGGCUGUGGAAAACGAAAGAAAAGUUUCGAUGAUGGUCGCCCACCGGACGCCUUGAAGCUUUACCCAGACGGGCAGGCUGCUGAAGUUGCUGUUACCCUGGCUCAUGAUGAAGCGCCCUCAGAGCAAGACAAGAAGCGUGAGGCGAAGUCCAUUACCAACGGAGUGGCGAAAGCGGCCUCAGAAUACAAGCAGACGUACAUUGAAGAGCUGAAUGUGGAUGGCCAGACUGUAUAUGUCACCAACUUGCAGUUGCUGUUGCAGCGGUAUUGCCAACAAUCGCGUGAGUUCGCCAAAGCGGUACGCGAAGCAUUGAGUUGUGUCUCUGAACCAUUGAGUAUGGUUGCCUAUGUGGAUGAGACUGUGAGUGGAAACCCGCUGAACCCUUGCAACCCAAAGAAGAGCCACCUCAUCUACCUUACUUUCUUGGAAAUGGGGCCCAGGAUCGGGCUUCAAGAGUUUUGGUUGGUGGGCGGAGUCAUCACCAAUGGCAAGGCUGCCUCUGUGUGUGGUGGCCUGAGCGAAGUGUUCAAAAACAUCUUGCUGCAUUGGCAUCAUUCGGAUCACGGCAUCCUACACAGAAGCGGCUUUAGUGUGGAGCUGGAAGGUGAACACUGGCUGUUUCGUUGCAAGCUUCAUGCGCUCAUCACAGAUGAGGCUGCUUUGCGGAGUGUUCUGGGCAGCAAAGGCGCUGCAGGGAUGAAACCCUGUAGCAAAUGCUACAAUAUAGUGAGCAAGUGGCAUGGUGCUUCGUUUGACUUGCAAGAUGGUGAGACCGUCAAAGACAUCACAGAAGCAAAUUAUAGAUCAUUCUUGAAGUACACUGACCAAGAAGUGUUUGAUGUCAUUGAACGCUUGAGGCUGUUUACUAUCUCUGUCUUAAAGGAUUGGAGCGCGUCAGUCAAGCUGAUGGUGGAGAUGCUUGGCACUUCAGCCAAUGGCGAGAUGCUGGCUCUGAGUUCCAAGUUCAAGCUGGUACGGUUUUCAGUUUCAAAGCUCGCCAUGGAGCAUAGCGAGAACGAUUUGGCCAUCAAGCUCAUUCAAUGCUGCGACUAUGACGAUGAGUUUGACGAAGGGCUCAAAGAAGCUGCAAGGCUGGUUUUGGAGACAGUUUCUCGGGAAGAGCUCAAUGUGGAGGCAUGGGGUUUCUUCAUUGUGGCCUGCGGUCGCAGCUCAAUGGUGAAGAAGUGCGACGUGUCCAUCGAGAACUUUGCCUCUGUGACCAUGCAAUCGUUGGCGCCGGCCAUUGGCAUCACAUCCAUGCGCGAAGGGGCUCUGAAGAACCAUCGAUUCGCUGAGUUGAUGGACCGCGAGGUCAACUUUCUAAAGUUUUGGGUGGACGCCUUGGUGAUCAGCGAGACCUUCAUCGAGUACCGCCCUCUCUUGGAGAACCUCAAGGACGACAUCAUGAAGCUUGGUGAGGCACUCAAAUGA